GUUGCUCCUCUUGAGAGGCUAAAGUUGGAAUAUGUAGUUGGUGGUGAACAGAGCAAUCUAUUUGCAGUCAUUAACAAAAUUGCAACGACACAAGGGUUGAAGGGCUUCUGGAAAGGGAACUUUGUCAACAUUCUUCGUACUGCUCCUUUUAAAGCAAUUAACUUCUAUGCAUAUGAUACAUAUAGAAAGCAGCUUCUGAAACUAUCUGGAAAUGAAGAAACAACAAACUUUGAAAGGUUUCUUGCGGGGGCUGCAGCUGGCAUUACUGCAACAAUUCUUUGCAUACCGAUGGACACGAUACGAACGAAGAUGGUAGCUCCCGGAGGGGAAGCCUUGGGAGGUGUCAUACGUGUUUUCCGUCACAUGAUCGAAACCGAAGGAUUCUUUUCUCUUUACAAGGGGCUUGUGCCGUCUCUCAUAAGCAUGGCACCUUCAGGUGCAGUCUUCUACGGCGUGUACGAUAUACUGAAGACAGAUUAUCUGCGGUCACCGGAAGGGAGGAACAGGUUGGCUUUAAUGAAACAACAACAAGGUGAGGAAGUGAAUGCCUUUGAUCAACUGGAGCUGGGACCGGUGAGGACUUUGCUCUACGGGGCCAUUGCCGGUGCUUGUGCUGAGGCUGCCACAUACCCGUUUGAAGUGGUGAGGCGACAUCUACAGAUGCAGGUUCAAGCAAACAAACUGAAUGCCUUUGCCACGUUUAUGAACAUAAUUGACAAAGGUGGUGCCCCGGCACUGUAUGCCGGCAUGAUUCCUAGCUUGUUACAGGUACUGCCAUCUGCUUCCAUUAGCUAUUUCGUCUACGAGUCUAUGAAGAUAGUGCUGAAGGUGGAAUGAGCAUAUUGGAGGGGUGAUUAAUUGUUUCUUCUGUUUUUUCUUUGUAUUUUUUCCGAGCUCAAAUAAACUAUAAACCCUGGAAUCGAAUUGCUCACCAUCAUGUGAUCAGAUUAAACCAUGACGUGCCACAACGGGGCCGAAUGUUCCUACCAACCGGGCAAUGUGGCCGCUUAUAAUAAAUAUA